CGGCCCCGCGCUCCUCCCCACUUCUGGCUGCUGUGGCCACUCCCUGAGUGAAGCAGCGGGGAGAGGGUGAGGGGGUGUGUCCGGCGUGUGCUCGCGCCCUCCAACCGCCAGCCGCGGCCGCGGCGGCGCGCUCGGCCGGCCCCCUCAGCCCCCCGGACCGCGCGGGGCGGAGGGGAGGGGGCUGCUCGCGCUGAGGGGGCGGCGCGCGGCGGCCGUGGCGGCCGAGGCUGCGGCUGCGGCUGCGGCGGUGCGCUGGGGCCGCGCGUCCGGGGCGCCCGCGCGUCAGACCCGCCGCCACUGGAACCAUGUACCGCAGCGGCUCCCGCUCCUCCGUCUCCUCGCACCGGCCCAAGGAGAGCAGCGGGGGCUGCCCGCGCUCCAGCCGCAGCUCCGGCGCUUCCUCGGGCCCGGGUCGCCGCUCCUCGCCGCCGCCCUCCAGCUCCUCUUCACGGGCCCCGGCGCGCCGGCCCCGCUCGCCCUCAGGGCACCGCGGCCGUCGGGCCUCGCCUUCCCCACCCCGGGGUCGCCGCAGCUCCACGUCCCCACUCCGCGGCCGCCGGGCCUCGCCGUCCCCGCCGCGGGGUCGUCGCGGCUCCCCUUCCCCAACGAGGGCUCGUCGCGGCUCCCCGUCGCCGCCGCCGCCGCGGGCCCGACGGCUCUGCCCGCCCGGCUUCCGAGGCAGCAGCCGGGGGGAGUCCCGCUCCGACUUCGCCCGGGACGGCCGCGGAGACCAUCCAGGCGACAGCGGCAGCCGGAGACGAUCUCCUGGUCUUCGUUCUGACUCUUCUUUGGAACAGAGCUUAAGAAUCACAGUUGGCAAUGAUCACUACUGUGUCGGCAUACCAGAACGGCGGCGGCGGCGUAGUGAUAGAUUGGGUUCACCAGUGGAUAAUCUGGAGGACAUGGACAGGGAUGACUUGACUGAUGAUUCUGUCUUCACUGGAAGCUCCCAAUGCACUCGAGAUCUUGAACGAUAUAUUUCCCAGGAGGAGGGGCCUCUCAGUCCCUUCUUGGGACAGCUUGAUGAGGACUACCAAACAAGAGAAAGUUUCCUGCGUCAUUCUGAUUAUAGUCCCCAUAUCAGUUGUCAUGAUGAGUUGUUGCAUGGAACAGAACGGAGUAGAGACAAAUUCAAAAGCUCCUAUUCUAUACGACCCGAGGAAAGGAGCCGGGAGGCCAAAAGGCCCCGUUAUGAUGAUACAGAGAAGAUGCACAGCAUGGGAAGUGAUCACCCACAUUUUACAUCAGGGACCCACAGCUAUCGACAGCAUAGACAGAGCACAAGCCCUAGGUUUCUAGAUCCCGAGUUUCGAGAGCUGGAUCUUGCCAGGCGAAAACGAGAGGAAGAAGAAGAACGAAGUAGGAACUUGAGUCAGGAGCUGGUGGGAGUUGAUGGUGGUGAUACAAGCUGUCCCAUCCCUGGAUUAUCAGGUGUCUUAACAGCAUCAGAGCCAGGAUAUUCUUUACAUCAGCCUGAGGAAGUAUCUGUGAUGCCCAAGAAGUCGAUUCUGAAGAAGCGGAUUGAGGUGGACAUGGAGUCUUCUAUGCAGCUUGAGAGUUUUUCGAGCAGUACUGGCUCCAGCGAGGAUCAUCCUCUCUUCUCUGGACACCCAUCUGUUCCACUGAGUGGUGCUAUUGCUGCUUUUGCUUCAGAGAUUGAAAACAACAAGGGGACUCUGGUAGAGACAACCCUGAAGGAACCUCAGGGCAAUCUCUAUCAAUGGGAUCCUCUUCCUGGGAUAUCCAAGGACAACAGUCCUCUCAGAGAGAAGUUUGGAAGUUUUCUGUGCCACGAAGAGAAACCUGAUAUGAAGGCUGAGGGACCUGAGCGACACACAGACUUCUUGCUGCCCCAUGAGAGAGCUAGCCAGGAUGGCAGUGGUUUUUCCCGCAUUCUGAGCAUUUUGGCAGAUUCUACCAGUACCCAGGAAAAAAAGCAACAUAGCUUUCCUGACAUAGAGGAUGAGGAGAAAUUUCUCUAUGGAGAUGAAGAAGAGGAUUUAAAGGCAGAAUCUCCACCAAAGCCCCUUGGGAGCUCUGAUAGUGAAGUUAUGAGGCAGAAACCAAGCUCCCUGCCUUCUUCAGCUCCAGCUGUAAAGAUAGAAUCAAUAGAAGAGACCAAUCCAGAAUAUGCCAAAAUUCAUGAUUUGCUCAAGGCCAUAGGCCUAGAUAUUGGGGUAACAGAGAUUAGUCAACUGGCUGCACGUACCCAGGAACGACUUCAUGGCAAGAAACCAUCACGUUCCUCCACUGACCGCCGUUCCUCAGUUGACAGGCACUUUUCAGCAGACCGCUGUUCCUCAGUUGACCACUAUUUUUCAGCUGAUCAACAUUCUUCAGAUCCUCACAAAUUGGAGAAUAAAGAGGCACGCCAUAGCAAUACUCACUCCCCAGAGGUGUCCCAUCCACAUCCAGUCUCCCCUAUGGAUCCUUACCUGAUUACAAAAAACAGUUCCCCAUUCCUAAAGUCUGACCAUCCAAUGGGCCAUAUUGCAGGACCUGAGAUGGUUGGCAGUGGGUUUCAGUCAUCUGUUGCAGUCAGGUGCCUGUUGUCAUCAGCCCCGUCUGCCUCAAUUAGACUUCCACACUCUGCUUCUUUAUCACAUUUUCAUGUGCCAAGGACUUCUCAGUUCUCUGCAGCUCGGAUACCUUCAAAUUACCAGGGUCUUGCCAUUCCCCCUGCUUCCUUUGAUGCCUAUAGGCAUUACAUGGCAUAUGCAACCUCAAGGUGGCCCAUGUACCCCACCUCUCAACCAUCAAAGCACCUUCUACCUGAGCCACACAGGGUGAUGCCAGUUACCAAACAAGCUACUCGUAGCCGGCCCAAUCUCCGUGUGAUCCCCACUGUGACUCCUGCUAAACCCAAGAAGGAAAAGUCAGUGUUAGGCUCAAUUCCUGUUGCCCAAGUGCCUGUCCAGGUGUCUAUCCCACCGCUCAUAAGAUAUAAUCCGGAAAAGAUCUCUGAUGAGAAGAAUCGUGCUUCCCAGAAGCAGAAGGUUAUUGAAGAGAGGGAAAAACUAAAGAGUGACCGGGAAGCUCGCCAGAAGAAAAUGUACUAUCUCAGGACUGAGUUGGAGCGACUUCAUAAACAACAAGGGGAAAUGCUGCGCAAGAAACGAAGGGAGAAGGAUGGCCACAAAGACCCUCUCCUGGUGGAAGUGAGUCGGCUUCAGGAUAACAUUAUGAAGGAUAUUGCAGAACUUCGACAAGAGGCAGAAGAGGCCGAAAAGAAGCAAUCUGAACUGGACAAAGUGGCUCAGAUCCUGGGAAUUAACAUUUUGGACAAAUCCCAGAAGUCUUCAAAUGAUUAUAAAGAGUCUUCUGAGAAACCUGGGAAAAUAGAAAAAUCUAAGAGCCCAGAAAAAGUAUUAUCGUACUCAAACUCCUCUUUGAAAAGCAAGGAAUCAAAUGUAAACAAUGAGAAUUCUCAUACUAAGAGCCCCAAGCCUGCAGAGAGCCUCCAGCCAACUACUAAGCAAUUUGAUCAGCCCAUUGCUGCCUAUGAGUAUUACGAUGCUGGCAAUCACUGGUGCAAGGACUGCAACACCAUCUGUGGGACCAUGUUUGACUUCUUCACCCAUAUGCACAAUAAGAAGCAUGCACAGACAUUGGAUCCCUACAACAGACCUUGGGCUUCAAAGACCCAGAGUGAGGCCAAGCAAGAUGCUGUAAAGCGCACUGACAAGAUAACUGUUCCUGCAAAAGGUUCUGAGUUUCUGAUUCCCAUCACUGGAUAUUACUGCCAGCUCUGUGAGGAAUUUUUGGGGGAUUCAAUUUCUGGAGAGCAACAUGUGAAGGGUCAUCAACACAAUGAGAAAUAUAAGAAAUAUGUGGUUGAAAACCCAUUGUAUGAGGAGCGGCGGAAUCUGGACCACCAGGCUGGCUUGGCUGUGGUCCUAGAGACAGAACGCCGGCGUCAGAGUGAGCUGAAGCGCAAACUUACUGAGAAACCAAAGGAAGAGAAAAAAGAAAAAAAGGCAAAGAUCCUAAAAGAUGUAAAGGAAGAUGAUAAGGUCUUUGAGGAAUUAGAAGACCAACUCUCGGAAGACAGUAACUCCCCUGAAAAGGCUGAAAACAAGAGGAAAGGCAGCAUUAAACUACAAUUAAAAGAAGAAGUAAAGAAAGAAUCACUAGCAUCUUCCUCUUUUGGGAAAUUCAGCUGGAAGAAGCCAGAAAAAGAGGAGGAAAAAAGUUCAGUGGCCCAAAGUAUACCCAAGGAAGAGACCAUGGAAAGCAGUAAGGACAAAGAGGAUGGCAAAACUGAAGCUGGAAAGGCAAAGCCCAUCAAAAUCAAGCUCUCUGGGAAAACUGUUGUUGCACAUACUAGCCCCUGGAUGCCUGUUGUGACAACCUCAACUCAGACUAAGAUCCGACCCAACCUGCCUAUUCCAUCCACAGUGCUCCGUAAGUCAGGGUUAGCCACAGUCAGCAAGCCAGCUCCUCUUAACACCUUUCUAUCCAUCAAGUCCUCUGGAACCACUGCUAAACCUCUGCCAGUGGUUAAAGAAUCUUCUUCUGAUCUCCUCUUGCCUCCUGAUAUCAUCUCCAAAGCAUUUGGAGGGGAAGAAGUGAUUCUAAAAGGGUCUCCAGAGGAAAAGAUGAUGCUGGCUGAAAAGAAGGAGCCAUCCCAUAUACCUGAACAAAUGCUUCCACCUCCUCCACCACCCCCUCCACCCCCACCCCCACCCCCACCACCCCCAGUGAUACCUCAUCCAGCUGCAGCUGCUCCUCAAACGAAGUCUGUUUUGGCUCCAGUAAAAUCAAACCCAACUGUAUCUCACACUCUCAGCCCUGGCUUCCUGGGUCCUAACAUUUUGAAUCCAGUGUUGCCGGCAGCCAUCAUAGCCUCAGGACAGCCAACUGCCAUUCCUCCUGAUGAGAUAGCUCCUGGGGUGAGUGAGAGUGACCAGGACCAGACCCUAUUCUCUGUGUUAGUGCGUCCACCACCUCCCCUUUCAAGUGUGUUCAGUGAACAAGCCAAAAAAUUGGAAAAGCGAAAUUCAUGCUUAGCCACAGCCAAUGCUAAGGACCUGUAUGACAUAUUCUACAGUAGUGGUGGAAAGGGGGGCCCUGAGACUAAGCUGAGUGGUGGUCCAUUGGCCAAUGGGGAAAAUAACAACUUUUCUAGAGCUGAAAGUUCAGACACCUUUUCCACUUCUACUUUGAACAGCAGUGCAUCCCAAGAGGAGUUGCCUCGAGAUAGAAGUUUGGUUUCUGCUCCUUCAUUUGAAAACCCUAAAAAACCCAUUGCAAAAACUCUGGUGUCCCUAGGGAAAUGGUCGGUUGUAGACUCAAAAAGCAGAGGCAGCAGCUAUGGCUUCCUACAGCCUCUGACAAGGUUGUGUCAAAGCAAGCCUUAUGAAACUGUUACCCCAAAGACAGACACUUUGGCUUUGUGGACUUCUAGCUCCUUCCAGGAUGGCACUAAUAGGGAUAUAUCUCCAGAAGUAAAAACGGAAGUUGACCUGGGAGAGCCAGGGCCACCAGGUGUAGAGCCAGCCCCUCAGCUGUCAGAUAAACACUGUAAAACCGUGGAAUCUCAGAAAUUGGUAGAAACCCAUCUUAUGAAAUCUGGUAACAUGGAUGAGGAAAGCCAAGAGCUUCACCAAUCUAAGGAUUGUGAAGAAAGUAAGAUAGAGGAAAACACUGAUCUAAAAAAGGGGGGAGCAAAGCUCUCUGAGAGGAUGGUAGAAAAAGGAAUAGGCAUCAGUGUUGGCCCCAAUAAUACAGAGGGUUCUAAUUUGAAUCAUAGGAACAGAUACAUGUGGGAGGAAAAAGUAGUACAGCCCAAAUUGCAAAUGACUGACAAAAAGAUGGAACACUCCAAGAAAUUGAUUAUAGGAAGUGAAACUCAAAGUAAAGUAAUGAUUGAAUUGAGUGCACAGACUCUUUCUUCCACAAAGGCAAAAAUAGACUCAUUUCCACUGAAAACUAGGUCUUUACUCCAGAACCCACAAGACACAACUGUGAAAAUUUCUAUUCCAGAAUUGUUGCUUCGGUCCCCAGCUGGAUCAGAUACAUAUAUAACAGAUUGUACACAGGUGCAAGGAGUUUCAACUGGUAGUGAGUGCCUAGAAAAUUCAACUCCAGAAUCAACUUCUAGAGCUUCAAGGUACAGAAGUCUCAAAUUCAUGAGAGAAAGAUCGAAAGAUUUUCAGGGUAAAUUGAUCUGUGAACUGGCUGGUUGGGGUGAGAACAAGGAGCCAGAGAUGGGGGAAAGCUUGGAGAAACCAGAAGCAGACGCCCUGGAGCUACGAGAUAUCCGCCCAGAGUUACCAGUGACAAUAGAAAGCAAGGCCUUAGAAGACUUAGAAGUUACAGACUUGAAAGUAGAAAAGCUUGCUGCCCUCGGGAACCUGGGGGAUAUGGGUAUUGAUUUCUGCAAUACUCAAGUAGAUCCAGCACAUAAAUCCCCAACUGCCCUGACUCAGAAAUUGUAUGAAGAAAAUUCUUUGUCAGCUAUAGGAUGUAAUGCCCCACCUCUCACUGACUUUGAACCAAUCCCAUCCUUUUCUGAGUUUCCAUUAGAUUCUCCCAAAACCCCGGUGCUUAACUUUGAAGCAGAGGGUGAACAAACCUCAUCUAAUCCCAGAAAUGGGAGGAUCACUCCUAACAUUUUGAAAACUGGACAUCCCAUAGAAAAUGUUGACCUUGGCUUGGGGAGUCUAGAGGGAACACAUCAGGCCCUUGACCUGCUAGCAGGAGGAAUGAUGCCUGAGGAAGUAGAAGGAACUUCUCAAUUAGAGAAACAAGAUUCACUCUGUUUGGACUCAGAAACAAUAAACCCCGCAGGCCUUGGGCCAUCUCCUUGCCUUCCAGACCUUGUUGACUUUGUCCCUCGGACAUCUGGAAUUCAGAAAGAGAAGUUAUGUUCUCAUCUCUCUAUACCAGGUGACCCUUCGGAGUAUAGUUCCUUAGAGAUGGGACCACUACAGCCAGAAAUAGUGAAUGCAUCCAUCACAAGGGUAGCAGUUCCUCAAGUAGAUGAAGAUAAUGAAAACCCUUUGAAUUUGGUAAAAUCUUUGACUUCCGGGUCCUCCAUAAGGGAGCAGGUAGUUGGAGGCAAUAUUGUCACUCAGGAAAUACUUGCACGAGAAGCUGCAGUUGAUGCCAUCCAGGACCACACAGAAUCCAGUGUUCACAACUAGUGCAUAUCCAGAGCUACUUGUGGAUGAAUCAAAUUGACUUUUAGAAAUCCAGUGCCCAAAUGAUCCAGGAUUAUUUGGCUAUCUCCUCUGGAACCUACACCAUGAGAUGCAGUCAGCAUCUAAAUAUCCAUGGAAGAAAAAAUAUUUACCUCCUUUCCUUUUUUUAUUUUUUCUCCUUAUGAUAUCAGACAAAUCAAUCAUAAUAUUUCUGUACACAUCUGUAAAAAAUAUUUUCUGUUAAAUUUUUUUUGCCAAUUUAUUUUCUUCUCCUUUGCCAUUAAAAUCAAAUGUCUCUCUGGCUUACCACAUAGUGUGCUUUGAUUGUAUUUUUGCCUUUGACUCUGCCAUUUCUGAAAUGUGGGGGAGGAGGAAGAGCUGACUUCUCCAAUUGCUGUGUUGUAUCCCCACCCAGUUUUCUGGGCAGCUUGGUGGGUCCCUGGGAGAAACACAAGAAAGCCUACAGAAAUGGAAAACUGAUGAAGGAAGGAUUGUUCCUCUGUUAGGCUUCCAUUUGGAUGGGCCUGCCUUAAGUUUGUUCACUGUUUACUUCCUUGUGACAUGUCAACCCCCAUACUCUCCUCAUUCUGUUGCUUUUGCUUGAAAUGGUCCUACUAACUCGCAAACCUGUUUGGAAAUGGCUUCAGUAAACAUGGAAGAAAAACUAGCAGGGUCACUUUCAGAAGACGACAAAUUGGUAAGGCUUAUUCAUAGCUCAGUGCCAGAAGCAGAUAUGCUUUUGGAGUCACUUUUAUUUUCAAAAUGGCCUUUGUUUAUUAUUUUUGUGAUACAGUAGUACUUUGUGUUAAAUUGCAUAGCAGUCAUUUCUGUUCUGAAGAGGCAGAAGAUCUGAAACUUGUUCUGGGAUUGGAUUUAUUCUCUGUUCCACAACCCAUAUGUAUUCCUUUCUCUACCUCUCCCAAGUUAUUUUCACCAUAGUGUGAUGUUUUGGGUUGUACAUUUUGUUCAAAAGAUUAAAGAAUUUAUGAGUUGGCUUGGACAAGUUUAACUUUAUUUUUAAUGUGUUAAUUUCUUGGAAUAAAUGUAUUAAUCUCA